AUGAAUAAUAUACAAUUUCCAUUGAAAAUGAGACCUGGGUCAGGCUGGAAUAGAGAAAAAAUAAUGAUGGAUUUAAAUACAAAUAAGAUACAGCUUUUGAGGAAAGGUGUCAAAAAGUGUAACUUACAACGGAAUAGAGAAAAUUAUUCAAAUAAUCUAUUGCAGCUUUCGGGGAUAGAGCCGGAUCAAAAGGGCUAUGAGGAGCCUUUUGAGGAUUCUGUUAUAUUUGAAGUUUAUAAAUCGCUUACUUCAAGAUCAAAUGUAUCAAAUCACAAAAAUAAAGUUAAAACUCUCCUUAAAAUGGGAUUAGCUACAGAUAGAAGGAUACCAUUUUUAAAGCCAACUACUCAAACAGAAAAGAAAGGCUUAAGACUAGCUGCAAGAACUCUAGACAAAAGGGAAUUAGAUAGAAUGCUAAUAUCUCCUAUAAUGUUUAGACAAAAAUAUACUAUACGGCCCGUAGGAUUUAAAUAUUUAAAUAGAAUCCGAACACAGAAGACCAUCAAAACCUCAAGAUAA